GUGAUGGAACGGCACUCAACCAGGACAGGGGGCUGCCCAUCUAAUAAAGCUGCCGUCCCCUUGGCUGCGAGGCUUUGUUUUUUAACUCCCCGGUGACACUAGAGUUGGAGGGCUUCCAGCCGGAUGCCAUUAGAUAGGACACCCGGAAGGCGGAAGUCCUAGGACGGAAGUGGCCGAGAGGAAAGGAGAAUGGCGGCGGAGAGCUGGUUUUGGAGCUGGGGCUGGGGCCGGCGGUGCCUAGGGAGACCUGGGCUUCCUGGCCCCGGCCCUGGCCCCGUUACACUUCUACAUCUUCUGCUGUUGCUGGCGUCAGUGGUUGCGGAUAUAACUGACGGCAACAGUGAACACCUCAAGCGGGAGCAUUCACUUAUUAAGCCCUACCAAGGGGUUGGUUCCAGCUCCAUGCCUCUCUGGGACUUCCAAGGCAGCACUAUGCUUACGAGCCAGUAUGUGCGUCUGACCCCUGAUGAGCGUAGCAAAGAGGGCUCUAUUUGGAACCACCAGCCUUGCUUCCUCAAGGACUGGGAGAUGCACGUCCACUUCAAAGUCCACGGCACAGGGAAGAAGAAUCUCCAUGGAGAUGGUAUCGCCUUGUGGUACACCCGGGACCGCCUUGUACCAGGGCCUGUGUUUGGAAGCAAAGACAACUUCCACGGCUUAGCCAUCUUUCUGGACACAUACCCCAAUGAUGAGACCACUGAGCGUGUGUUCCCGUACAUCUCGGUGAUGGUGAACAAUGGCUCCCUGUCCUACGACCAUAGCAAAGAUGGACGCUGGACUGAGCUGGCGGGUUGCACUGCUGAUUUCCGCAACCGGGACCAUGAUACCUUCCUGGCUGUGCGCUACUCCCGGGGCCGUCUGACGGUGAUGACUGACUUGGAGGACAAGAACGAGUGGAAAAAUUGCAUUGAUAUCACGGGAGUGCGCCUGCCCACUGGCUACUACUUUGGAGCGUCGGCUGGCACCGGAGACCUGUCUGACAAUCAUGACAUCAUCUCUAUCAAGUUGUUCCAACUGAUGGUAGAGCACACGCCUGAUGAGGAAAACAUCGACUGGACUAAGAUCGAACCUGGUGUCAACUUCCUCAAGUCACCUAAAGACAAUGUGGACGACCCCACGGGGAACUUCCGCAGUGGACCCUGACGGGGUGGAGGGUGUUCCUGCUGCUGCUGUGCGCACUCCUGGGUAUCAUCGUCUGUGCCGUUGUGGGUGCUGUGGUGUUUCAGAAGCGCCAGGAGAGGAACAAGCGUUUCUACUGAGCACCUGGCUUGGCAGGGAAGAACCUGACCAUUGGCCCAGGCACUAAUGUGAACUCUUUUUUUUUUUUUUUUUUUACUGGGAUUGUAAAAGAAAAAUAAGACGACCUUAUUUCUUAACCGUUUCAAAGAAAUGAUUAAUAGUAUUUUCAUACAUUUUGCUUCUUGCCCAGCAGGGACAGGUGGCAGGCCCAGGAUCAGGGUGUAGCAACUCCACAGCUGGAGACAAGCCUCUUGCCCUGGGUGGCAUCUCAGGAGCAGGAGCUUCUGUACCUGGGGCAGAGCUGAGGCCCUGUAGGUGGCCGUUGAACACUGGAGGAUCCCCCAGGCUACAUUGGGGUGGCUCCUGAGGACCCAGAGCAGUGGUUUUGUUCUAAGGUGUGUGUUUUGUGUGGUGACUGACAAGGCCCAAAUUGGAGAACUUGGGCCUUCCCAUUCCCCUGAGCUUCUCAAGGCAGACCUCAGGCGAGGCUGGAGGAGCAGUUGGGUGGGGCCCAUAGUGUGACUAUUUGCUAAAUAAAGUGGAAUAGCCAACCUCAGCUGCGUGACGCCCUCAGGGCUUUUCUUUUUCUUCUGAUAACUUCCAGCUGGCCACUGCAUUGCAGCUCUCAGCCUUUGCCACCUCCCUCGCUCCAGGUGAAAGGAUGGGGUAGGGAAGACUUGGGGUACUAUGCAGAGGGUACUGCCUCAACCCAGGCUCCGAGGGUAGGCCAGGGCAGGUGGUAGGACGCAGUGACAGUCUAGGAGGCCUGGUUGACCUGGAGGGACUGGUGGGGUCAGGAGGACAGGUUUGGGUCAGCCGUGGUAUUCCCUUUGGUUUCCGUAAGGGAAUAAAGAUAACAGUGGAAGGAAGCCAGCUGCUGAAGGGAGAGCAUGCCCGUGUGUCACCUUUCAUGGUCACCUCCACCCAGGUCACGGCCUGCUGCAUUGUGUCCCUGCCCAGUCCAAAUCUGUCCCCAAAGAGUCCUUACCAGUUCCAUCUCUUGUCUUUAUCAUCUCUUUCCCACUCACAGUUCAGUAACAUUGGGUCUUCCCAUCUCACAAAAAAAAAAAAAAACCAAACCCUGUCUUCCUGUCGUAGUCCUGCUUUUUGUGGUUAGCAUUGUCAAA